CGGGUGUGCUCCACCAGAAGGUGCUGGAUGAGCUAUGGAACCGUUGACAUGGCUGGUGCUGCUCCUGGUGGGCCUGAGCCAGUGCUGGGCCAACAACAGUGGGCUGAACGUGCAGAACAACUACCGAAACAUGAUGGUGCGACUGGCCACCAAUAAGACCACCCUCGCCGGGAUUCAAGUUCUCCGCGAGGGGCGCGUGGAGGUGAGCUUCGACUUUGGCGCCACGUGGGGCACCAUCUGCAGCACCACUUGGAGCAUGCGGGAGGCGAAUGUGGUGUGCCGGCAGCUGGGACUGGGCUAUGCCUCGAAGGCGGGCCAGGGAACGGAGCACGGGGACAGCCGGAAACAUCCGUGGGGCAUGGUGGGCACCCUGUGCCGGGGAACCGAGCGCCGCCUGGCCGAGUGCAUCCGGGAAUCGCACUAUCCCAACCUCUGCAAUGCCAGGAAUCAAAAUGUCAGCACGGUGGCCUGUGUGAGCCACUCGGCUGAUCUGGAGAUCGGGCUGGUGGACAUCGAGAGGACCGCCCGACUGGAGGCGGUGCCCAUGUCGAGGCUCACCUGCGCCAUGGAGGAGCACUGUGUGUCCGCCGACGCCUAUGAGAUACGGAGAACGAACCCGCACGCCGCCAGGAUCCUGCUGCGCUUCUCCGUGAAGGCUUCCAAUGUGGGCACGGCCGAUGUGAGUCCGUACGCCAACUACAAGGAUUGGGUGUGGCACCAGUGCCACAGGCACUACCACAGCAUGAACGUGUUUGCCACCUUCGAUGUUUAUGACCUGAAAUACCGGAAGGUGGCCCAGGGACACAAGGCCUCCUUCUGCCUCAUGGACACGGAUUGCACGCCAGGAGUGCGGGCCAAAUACACCUGCGGCAACACGACGCAGGGCAUCUCCGUGGGCUGUGCAGACACCUACACGGACGUCCUGGACUGCCAGUGGGUGGAUGUGACCCGGGUGCCCGUCAACCGGCGCUACAUCCUGCGGGUGGCCCUUAAUCCCGAGUACAAGCUGGGCGAGAUUUCCUUCGAGAACAACGGAGCCGAGUGCCUGCUUGAUUACACGGGCGUGCACCAAACCACCAAGAUUUUCAACUGUCGGCGCAAGCCACUGUGGUUUAAGAUAUAAUUUUGUCUAGGUUUUAAGAUAGCUUUAAA